AUGGCGCUCCGCCGGUCCCUCCGGCCGCGCAAAGUUCGCAGGAGGCGAGAGAUGCUGCCACAGCAAGUUGGAUUCGUGUGCGUGGUGCUGGCCCUGGUGUGCUGUGCGUCUGGCUUCUUUGGCAGCUGGGGGCACAAAACAGCUUCUGCUAGCAAACAUGUUCUACCAGACACAUGGAGAAAUAGAAGGCUGAUGGCACCAGUGAAUGGGACGCAGGCAGCUAAGAAUUGCACAGAUCCAGCCAUUCACGAGUUCCCCGCAGACCUGUUCUCCAAUCAGGAGCGACAGCACGGAGCCGUCCUGCUGCACAUCCUCGGUGCUCUGUACAUGUUCUACGCCUUGGCCAUAGUAUGUGAUGACUUCUUUGUUCCAUCUCUAGAGAAGAUCUGCGAGAAACUCCAUCUCAGUGAAGAUGUGGCUGGAGCCACCUUCAUGGCUGCAGGAAGCUCGACGCCGGAACUGUUUGCCUCUGUUAUUGGUGUGUUCAUCACCCACGGAGAUGUCGGGGUUGGGACCAUCGUGGGCUCUGCUGUGUUCAAUAUCCUGUGUAUCAUUGGCGUUUGUGGGUUAUUUGCAGGGCAGGUGGUCCGUCUGACAUGGUGGGCCGUGUGCCGAGACUCCGUGUACUACACCCUCUCUGUCAUCGUGCUCAUUGCCUUCAUAUACGAUGAGGAAAUUGUGUGGUGGGAAGGCCUGGUGCUCAUCAUCUUGUACGUGUUUUACAUUCUGAUCAUGAAGUACAAUGUGAAGAUGCAGGCGUUUUUCACAAUCAAACAAAAGGCCAUUGCAAAUGGCAACACGGUCAACAGUGAGCUGGAGGAUGGUAAUGAUUACUGUGAUAGUAGCUCUGAUGACCCCUCCGUGCCAUUGCUGGGGCAAGUGAAGGAGGAGCCACAGUACAGCAAAAACCCGGUGGUGAUGGUGGACGAGGUCAUGAGCUCCAGCCCUCCCAAGUUCAACUUCCCAGAGGCAGGCUUACGCAUAAUGAUCACCAAUAAGUUUGGGCCCCGGACACGGCUGCGCAUGGCCAGCAGGAUCAUAAUUAACGAGAGGCAGAGGCUGAUCAACUCGGCAAACGGCGUGAGCAGCAAGCCACUUCAGAAUGGGAGGCACGAGAACAUGGAGAACGGGAACGUUCCCGGGGAGAAUACCGAAGAGCCGCCACGGGAGCAGGAGCAGCAGCCGUCACCCCUGCCACUGCCUCUGGAGCCAGAACCAGUGGAGGCCGCCUUCCUGUCCCCCUUCUCCGUGCCCGAGGCAAGAGGGGACAAGGCCAAGUGGGUGUUCACCUGGCCGCUCAUCUUCCUCCUAUGCAUCACCAUCCCCAACUGCAGCAAGCCCCGCUGGGAGAAGUUCUUCAUGCUCACCUUCGUCAUGGCCACAUUGUGGAUCGCUGUCUUCUCCUACCUAAUGGUGUGGCUGGUGACUAUUAUUGGAUACACCCUGGGGAUCCCUGAUGUCAUCAUGGGCAUUACUUUCCUUGCAGCAGGCACGAGCGUUCCAGACUGCAUGGCCAGCUUGAUCGUGGCGAGACAAGGCCUAGGUGACAUGGCGGUCUCUAACACCAUAGGAAGCAACGUGUUUGACAUCCUAGUGGGACUUGGCAUACCGUGGGGGCUGCAGACGAUGCUUAUUAAUUAUGGAUCCACAGUGAAGAUCAACAGCCGGGGUCUGGUCUACUCCGUGGUGUUGCUGCUGGGCUCCGUUGCUCUCACCGUCCUCGGCAUCCAUCUGAACAAAUGGAAGCUGGACCGGAAGCUGGGGGUCUACGUGCUGGUUCUCUACGCCAUCUUCUUGUGCUUCUCCAUAAUGAUAGAGUUUAACGUCUUCACCUUUGUCAACUUGCCGAUGUGCCGAGAAGAUGAUUAAAGCGGAGCCACUGCCCCGCCGGGAGCUGUUCCGGACACUCUGGCGUCUUCCUUCCCCUCCCUCCCCCACCACAAGUCUCUCCUGCCACCAUCUGUUCUUUCAUCCACAGGAAGGAAGAGCCAAUGUGGUCUUUGUCUGGCCACGGGCCAGGUUGCCAGGCGUCAUCCUCCUCCUCGGAGUUCUGCCCCUCCAAAAGCAAGAUUUGGGGGGUGCUAUUUGAGCAGCUUCGCAGACCUCUGAGCUGCCAGCCAUAGGGACAUGGCAUGUGUCUCCUCUCCCGGACGCUUGGGUCAGAAGGACUUCUGUGCUCAGGUUGUCUUUCUGUCGCACGGCAGCCUCGGAAAUGAGGCGGUUGGUGAACACGAGGUCUCCUGGGGCAAGUGCAAGACAAGUACGCUGUUCUCAGAGGGCCCCUCUGGGCCAGAGGGUGUGAGGUCCUUGGGCAGCAUGUGCUACUCAGAGCCUCUGAAUCCCCUGGAAGCACUCACAGUUUGGAGGAAGCAAGGCUCAACCUGUUGGGAGUUUGGGGCUGUAAUGGCAAACACUCCACCCCUUCUUCUGCAAAAAUUGGAAGAAUAGACAUGGUUGAUCACAGUCAAAGAGAGAAAAUGAGUGAAUAUUCUUACCACGUUUAUUGAUGCAUUCAGAGAACGAACAAUGAAACAGUAAAAAUAAAAUGUCACUCAUAGAUCAUCAUACUUGAAAAAUCUCAUUCCAUACAAAGGACCUGGACGGGGACCAAAAAGGUAAUGCUUCUGAAAAACGAAUCCCACGUGUAUCACGUUGCACUGACACUGAGACGUUUGGUUUGGAAUAUAGAAAAGCGUGAAAGACUAAUGGGUGCUAACCAAGAGACACGGUGGAGCUCGUAGUUCCCAGCCGUUCGUUCCAGACCUCCUGUGGGAGGCGGCGCAUCGUCAGUUUGGGUUUGUCAUUUCUUUGUUACUGCUCUACUCUCAAAGCCACCCCCUUCAAAGACCCAAUUGUUUCUAUGCCCAACCAAUUUCAUAGCCUGCUUAACUGGAAUGAGUGUGCCAGAAACCAUGGUUUAAUGACAAGAAGAGAGAUUUCCUGAAAAAACAUCAGUUGCUCUCUGGUUAGCUGGAGGUAUCUGAAAACCAUAACUUGGAAUUUUUUAGACCUAAGUUUCUUGAACCUUAUAGUUUGCUACACAUGAAAGGCCAGGGAUGGGAGGCUGAUUCAAAAACAGAUAGAAGAAUAUGAAACAAUUUUCAGCUGCUUCUUAGCUCUCAAAUAUAUAUUAAAAAGGUUUAUGAACACAAA